AUGUUGGACAAGAGUGGAAAUGGCUACAUCGACAUGAAGGAGCUCAAAGACGCCCUUGACGGCGUUGGCUACAAAAUACCACAGUGGAAGGUGCGUUGUAUGAUAGAAGAGUACUAUGACAACGGUUCAAAGCAUGGGCGGGCCAAUGGAAGCGUUAACGGCGACUCAAAGAAGAAUGGCAUGACGCUCUUGGAGUUUGAGGAACUCUGUGGAAACCUCAAAGCACAACAGGUUGCGAGUACAUUCAAGCAGGCAGUUAGUAAAAAGGAGAACUUAGAACAUCUAGGUGGAAUGAGCGAAGCGUCCAGUGACGGCACAACCCAUUCAGUGCGUCAGGAAGAACAGAUGGCCUUCUCAGGAUGGAUUAAUAGUAAUCUGGAGCAUGACCCUGACCUAGCACAUCUUUUGCCCAUAGACCCUGAAGGCAAACAGCUCUAUGAGAAGCUGAAGGAUGGAUUGAUUCUAUGCAAAGUAAUCAACCAUUCCUGCCCGGACACGAUUGAUGAACGAGCGAUUAACAAGAAAAAUCUUACCCUUUACACAAAGCACGAAAACCUAACCCUUGCGUUGGUCUCUUCACAGGCGAUUGGUUGCAACAUUGUUAACAUUGAUGCACACGAUCUUGCUAAAGGUAAACCUCACCUUGUGCUUGGUCUACUGUGGCAGAUUAUUCGUAUCGGUCUUUUCAACCAGAUCACACUUGAGCACUGUCCUGGUCUUACGGAACUUCUUAAUGACCAGGAACGUAUUGAAGACCUGUUGGCCCUAUCACCUGAAGCCAUCCUCCUCCGUUGGGUGAACCAUCAACUGCAAUGUGCUGGUGUUACUCGCCGCUGCACCAACUUCCAGCAGGAUGUGUCUGACUCCGAAAUAUAUUCAUAUCUCUUGAAGCAGAUCGCCCCAGAUGAUGCUGGAGUCACGUUGGAUGCGCUUAGAGAAACAGACCUCCUCCGUCGUGCAGAAGUGAUGUUACAGCAGGCAGCUAAGCUCCGUUGUCGUGCGUUCGUGGCUCCUGCGGACGUUGUCAACGGAGUCUAUAAACUCAACUUGGCCUUUGUGGCCAAUCUGUUUAACCAACAUCCGGGAUUGCAGAGGAACGAAACAGAUGCUGAUACAUAUCACCAGUUAGAUGAGACCAGAGAGGAGAAGACAUACCGUAACUGGAUGAACUCAAUGGGCGUGGCACCGCACGUGAACUGGCUUUACUCAGAUUUAACCGAUGCGCUUGUCAUCUUUCAGCUUUAUGACAUUAUCAAACCUGGUAUUGUCAACUGGAAGAAGGUUCACCGUCAAUUCUCGAAGCUUCGUAAAUUCAUGGAGCGUCUAGAGAACUGCAACUACGCAGUUGAGUUGGGACGUCAACUUGGAUUCUCACUUGUCGGUAUCGCUGGGGCUGACAUCAACGAAGGAAACGCAACACUCACGCUUGCUCUAAUCUGGCAACUUAUGCGUGCAUACACACUGUCCGUGUUAACGCGAUUGGCGAACACUGGCAACCCCAUAAUUGAAAAGGAGAUCGUGCAGUGGGUCAAUAACAAACUACAAAGCGCUGGCAAGGCCUCGUCUAUUAGGAGUUUCCAGGAUGAAGUACUUGCAGACGGCAAAGUGGUGCUCGACCUCAUAGAUGCCAUAAAGCCUGGAUCAAUUAACUACGAUCUUGUAUUGCCAGGGGCGAAUAAAGAGGAAUGUUUAGCGAACGCGAAAUACGCGGUAUCAAUGGCAAGGCGUUGCGGUGCGCGCGUAUACGCAUUACCCGAAGACAUAACCGAACGCAAGCCCAAGAUGAUCAUGACGGUCUUCGCGUGUCUCAUGGCCCUCGACUAUAUCCCAACUAUGGACGCGCCCGUGGCCCAGCCAGAGCCCGAAAUGCCACUAGAACCCGUGUUACUGGAUGGCGCUGCGGAAACGACCGAUGAACCUGAAGAUAUUUCCAGUCCACAGACUCCUGAAAAGCCAAUGUUACCACCAAAACCAGAGAGCCUUUCACGAACUGUGUCUACCACAGAAUAA